CAUCACUACACUCUUCAUAUUGUAACCCUUGUGUUUCUCCCAUUGCACGCCCAUAAUUGAAGAGCCCACUAUCCUUAGCACUUCUGACGUUUCAAUUUCCUCCUCCAUACCCUGCCAUUGACCCCCGCAAUUCGCCACAACAUCCAACCAUUCUCGUCUCAACGCGUGUCGCUCAGUUCACGCUGCAUCCACCCAUGAUAAACGCCACCACGCCUCGCAAGACGAGCAUGUCUGCUCAAGACAGUCCUUCCAAGUCAUCAGCUCGACGCGCGCUGGGCAAUCUCACUCCCCAAGCUAUCAAUUCGCCCUCUAAGCACACAUACGCGUUCGAGCCUUCCGAUAUGAUGAGAUCAAUCAGUCCGCUCAAGCAUAUGCAAACCCUUUCCCCACAACUCUUUCCAGAGAAAGAGAACCUCCUCCAGACAAACGCGCUCCAAGCUGGCCGGAAGAGGGGCAUCGACGAGGUCGAGGACGCGGAAAAUGUUGAUGCUCAGAGCAAAACUCUUGGGACACGCGACUUUGCUCGUACGGGAGCCGUGAGGCCUAUUACCACUGAGGCUCUUCACUCGUUACCGGCCAACAAUCUGAACGAACCAGGAUCGCCGACAGUGGUCAACACACCUUCUCCAGAACCCGAAAACAAACCAGAACCGAGCAACUCACAACAAAGCUUCUCUGAGUGGUUGGAUUUAGCUCAAUGUGCCAGUCAACCUUCCGCACCACCUGCCGCCGUCAAUGAUACCCCCAGCAAGGUCGAAAUGCUGCGUCUUCGUCUUGGAUUGGGCAUGUACAAAGUCAAGACCAAUCAGGUUGGAAGGCGAUCUUCAGAGAUCAUGUCCAAUUGGGAGAGUGCUUCUACCAAAUCAACAUCCCUAAACGCUUCUACCGACUCAAUGCUCACAACUACAACCACCCAUCAAUCGAUACCUGACGUUACCUUUUCGCCCGCAAGCGAUGACAUUGUCACACACGUACGUGCGGCUUUACACCCCGGCAAUCCCAUCCCAAAACUCUCUGGAGGCCCCGUACUCUUGCCGACGGGCUUCUCGUCACGUAAGAUAUACCAAAGCAACAUUCCUUCCUCCCCUCCCACAGCAGUGUCGCCUGGACAGCUGGCAUCGCCGAUGAGAACAGGGCCCGGGAGUCUAAAUCAGAAGAGACCUAAUCGAGUCCUGGAGGAUGAUGAAGAUAGUGAGGACGGCGGGGAUGUUCUUACAGUUCAUCAAAGGCUACAGAGGCAAAUAAACCCUACAUUUGAUCCUUCCGAAGCUACCAACAGUGCCGCCAAGUCCGGUUUGGCAGCGAAGGGGCUGUUAGAGCUUAUGAAUGAUCGAAGGUGACACAUGGGAAAGAUGGAUUAAAGAGAAGAAAACAACACUAGCAUCGCGCAAAACUUCACUUUGUCAAGCAAAGGACUUGAGCAUAAUGUAAUGAAGGCGUCCUGUGCAUCGAUGGAUAUCAUUAGCAUUUUAUCAUGAAGACACGUCGUUACAAUUGAAAUAAGA